AUGGAGACGCCCAUCCAGCGCGAAAUCCGCCGCAGCUGCGAGCGCGAGGAGAGCCUGCGCCGGAGCCGGGGUCUGAGUCCCGGCCGUGCCGGCGAGGAGCUCAUCGAGUUGCGCGUGAGGCCGGUGCUCAGCCGGCCCGGCCCCGGCCCCCAACUGCCGCGCGCCCUGGAGCGCGCUCGGGCGGGCGCGAAGAUGCAACGGGACAUCGAACGCGAGGCUCACAGGCAGGCGGCGCUGGCGAGCCCCGAGGCUCCGCAGCCCGGCGCCCGGCGGCGGCCACAGCCGCUGGACGAACUCAAGCGCUUCUUUGAGGCUGCAGCGGAGGACGGCGGGGGCUUGCAGCGGCGGCCGGAGGCGGGAGGCCGGCUACACCCCGCCGUUCAGGACGGCUGCCCGGUGCUGGGGCAGUCGCCGCCGCUUGUUUCCCUGUCACUGCUGGAGCAGGAGGUGCGCCAGGUGCGCGAGCGCGAGCGGGAGCUGCAGUUGCAGCGGCGCAGCAUCUACGGGGCGGUUGAGGUCGAGGAGCCAGCGCCGAGCCUCACCCGUAAGCCGGUCACCCCGGGUCCUAGAGCUCCCGCUGUCUCCACCUCCAGUGGCCCUACAUCUGUAGGCUUGCAGACUCCCGGGACCCUUAACUAUUCUUCUGGGGUCACCUUCUGUUCUCCACUCCCACACCUGGAGUGA